AUGGACUUUUUGUCGAACCCAAAAAAAUAUCCAGAAAGAGUCUCCCAUGGUAUGUUUAUCAGGAACAAUAAUAUUUUGGAUCACCUCAUAAAUUCCAAGCCCAUUUACAUGGCAAGUGAAGGAAGACCCAACACUUCGGAUGAAGCCGAGUUGCCUGGUCCAGAGUAA